AUGUUGCGGCGACAGGCGAGACAGCGGCGCGACUACAUCUACCGGCGUGCGCUCACCCUCCGUGACGCUGAGACUGCAGAGAAGCGGUCCAAACUGAAGCAGUCGCUCGCCACCGGCAAACCUCUGGACCCCAGCAUCGCCAACGACAAGCAGCUGCGCAAAGACUAUGCUUACGACGAGAGCCGAGCCGACCGGACGACCGAGGAAGAACUGGACCUGGAUGAUGAGUACAGCUACCUGUCAGGAGUCGUGGACCCGCGGGUGCUGGUGACGACUUCACGAGACCCGAGCUCGAGGUUGGGCAGUUUCGCGAAAGAAAUCAGAUUGCUACUUCCCACGUCCAUCAGACUGAAUCGAGGCAAUCUCAUUCUACCAAACUUGGUUUCGAGCGCAAAGUCUUCCGGCCUUUCCGACGUCAUCCUCGUGCAUGAGCAUAGAGGCACCCCAACAGCGCUCACGGUAUCGCACUUCCCACACGGACCUACGGCGAGCUUCUCCUUGCACAACGUGGUGCUUCGGCAUGACAUUCCCAACGCCUCUCGUGGCACGGUAUCAGAGUCUUAUCCUCACCUGGUCUUCGAAGGCUUCACUACACCUCUCGGUCGCCGUGUCGUGAAGAUUCUGCAGCACCUGUUCCCUCCACGCGAAGGUGGCACGAAGCUUGGCAGCCGCAUCGUCACAUUCAAGAACAUCGAAGACGCCAUCGAGGUACGGCACCACGUCUUCGUCAAGACCGGGUACGAGAGCGUAGAGCUGGCGGAGGUGGGCCCCAGGAUGACCAUGCGGCUGUUUGAGAUUCGACAAGGCACGGCGGAGAACAAGGAUGGAGAUGUCGAAUGGAGUCUCAAUCAGUAUACCAGGACCAGCCGCAAGAAGGAUUAUCUGUGA